AUGCACCACCUGCGUAUGCUGCCCAGAUGUGUCUGGCUACGUCGGGCUAUGCUGCUGUGGCAAGCGGGUACCCUCCCACACGACUUCACGGCCGCCAACGCCGCCUACUUCGACGAGCAGGCGGACCACGUCGAGACCGAGCACCCGCACUGGCCCGCGAUGGCGGAAAAGGUGGUCACCAAGAUGCGCACCGACUGGCCCGAGCUCUUCGACCCCGCGCGCACCCGCGCGCUCGACUUUGCCUGCGGGAUCGGUCUCAUCUCCCAGAACCUGCACCCGCACGUCCAGAGCGUGGUGGGGGUCGACAUCAGCCAGCGGUCCGUCGAGCGGUACAACGCGCUCGCGCGCUCGCUCGAGCUCGCCCCGGAGAAGAUGCGCGCGGAGCACCUCGAGCUCACGGGCGCGCCCGGGGAGCUCGGCGGCGCGCUCUUCGACCUCAUCGUGGCCGCGCCCGACGCGCGCCGCCUCUUCCCGGACGCGCUCGCGGCGGUCGUCCCGCAGGCGCACGGGAUCGCGGAGGACGCGCUGCGCGCGGCGUUCGUGGGCGCGGGGCUCGGCGCGUUCGAGCUGCGGGACGCGGUGAGCGAGCGGAUGCCGCAGUACUUUGGGGAGGACGGGCCCCCGAUCGUGUGGUUCGUCGCGAGGGGGGUGAAGCCGCUCGAUGGGUAG